AUGGCGGAUCAGAACGUAAAGGCUUUUCAAAAGCAACCAACAGUCUUCCUGAACAAGAAGGGUCAGGGCCAAAAAGUGCGCAAGUCCUUGCGGUACACCCGCAAUGUUGGUCUCGGGUUUAAGGCACCCCGCGAAGCUCUUGAAGGGUCUUAUAUCGAUAAGAAGUGUCCCUUCACGGGAAACGUAUCGAUCAGAGGACGCAUUCUCACUGGCGUAGUCCAGAAAUUGAAAAUGCAAAGAACGAUAGUUAUCAGACGUGACUAUUUACAUUAUGUUCGAAAAUACAACCGUUUCGAAAAACGGCAUAGAAAUAUGAGUGUGCACCUCAGCCCGGCAUUCAGGGAUGUUGAAAUUGGCGAUGUCGUCACCAUUGGAGAAUGUAGACCAUUGAGCAAAACGGUCCGCUUUAACGUUUUGAAGGUGACCAAAGGAACCGGAGCAAAGAAAAGCUUCAGGAAGUUCUAGGAAACAAAAGAACGACUAGAUGGAACAUCGAAGGUGAACGUGAAUUGUCUCAGCGAAAUUAAAGACGAUGUUUUACGGUGACUUACGAUCUUUACAUUGUAAAUACUUAACGUCGACGAGAUCAUGUGCGUUAAUUAAAUUUAUAUAAUAAAA